UAGCUGGCUGGCUAAGUUAGCUCUACCUCGUAAAGUGAGGUGGUGCAUGUGGUGACUAGUGUGCCAAGCAUCUGAGUAUCCUUACCCUGCAAGUAUGUGCCUGUGUAUUUGUUGGCCAGCUUAACCGCAAACAUUUGUAAAGUGGCAGCGAUACACAGCCCUGAACUCAGAGGAAUCAUUUCAGCAUAGUGGCACAGGAACCAUGGAGAGGGGACGCUCCAGCUAACGGUGGCUGACGCUACUCCCGUUUUCACUUUCAGUCUUUCCUCUCCAGCUGCUUUGCGUAAGUGGUUCCGACAUCGCACUGCUGGUAGUAUGCGGUAAAAUAUUAUUAAGAAAUAAUCGGCACCACUAUCAGAGAAUGAGGGCACUUGCAGCAGUAACAGCAUUCGCAGCAGUGGAGGUUAGCUAGUGUCGCUAACGAUUGCUACAGUGCUAGCCAAUUAACCACUGGUAAACGGUAGCUAUGGUAGCUAUAUAUUUAUGUAAGCUAGCUAACGAUGAGCAGAUCAGGGCAUAACGCCACACCCGGUCUCCUUAGUUAGUUUGUGUUGUAAUGUCUGCUCGUCAAGUCAUUGCAAACGUGUAAAAACAGCAGCUCGUUGUUUGAAGCUAACAUCACAGUAACACAACGUCGAGCUAGGGCUAACUGGACAUACUGCACUGGACGUACGGCGUUAUUUAAUCUCUGUUUAUGAACAACACCCUCGUUUCCAGGUUGUGUCAUGAAAAACUGAACAGUGGUGAACCAUUCUUGCGGUUCACCUGCCUGCCCUAACCUCAGAGGCCAAGGUUACGUGGCGAGGUCUGACUUCACAUCACUUUAAAUGGGAUGCAAGCUCGACUGUAGAGGAUAUCUUAUCUGUCUCCAGGAAAACACUUUUGGCCGUUUGUAGCCUAAACUGGUGCAUCAAUGAACGAGGAACCACUUGAGAGCCCGUUCCCUGGCAGAGAGCCUGUGGAGGAAGAUGUGGGACAAAGCACAGAGAAGCAGAGCAGCAAAACAGAAAACACUUCUGAUGCAGAACCUGAACAGGAACCCGUGGCAGCCUCAGACAGUCUUCAUUCAAAGGCAAACCACAGCUCAAAUCCUGUAGAGGAAACCUCAGGAGAGGUAGAAGAGGAGGCGAAGGCCACAGGUGGUGAGCCUGCUGUUGACUGGUUUGAGCCACUUGAGGACGAUGAUGAUGCCAAUAGUGUUGAUAGGAAUGAUGCAGAAGAAGAAAGCCUGGCAGGAGAAAGUGAAAGGAGUGAGAGCGUGGCGGGCAGUGAGAAGGCCUCCAAAAAGAUAUAUCAGCUUUUCCUUCCCCGCCGUAAGCGAUCACAUCGUGACGAGGGAUGGGAAGACUGGCCAGUACUUGGAGACGGCUGGAAACGCAAAGAAGUUGUUCGCCGUUCAGGGAGCAGUGUUGGCCAGAAGGAUGUGUACUACCUAAGUCCACAAGGUGAUCGAGUGAGAAGCAGAGUUGAACUGACUUCAGUGCUGGAGGGAAUUCUCAACCUGACAAACUUUGAGUACAAGACAGGAAAGUUCUACGAUGGUGAAGCACCACCCACAAGAAUUCGAAGCAGAGUGAAGAGAAAGAUCCGGGAGCGUUCCUCCUCAGAGUCCAGCUUCAUGGAGAGGGGAGAGGGGGCAGACACCCCCGACUCUCACCACAGGCUCACCCCUAACUUGGGUCCCAAAAGCGUCCACUCUAGCCAGACAAGCUCGUCCUCGCACAGUACAGUGACAACUCCAAACCAAGUCUCUCGAAAUGAGGAUCUACCAGUGGAAGAUAAAAUUAAACUUCCCCUUCCCUCAUCAUCCAAACCGCUCCCCCUCCCCUCCAUAAAUGGAGAAAUUGGGACAGAGGACAGCACUCUGGUCUGUGCCAGAUGUGGUAUUUCCUUCACAGGUACAUGGUAUGACAAACAAAGGAAGAGGCCCUGCUGUCCCUCCUGUUGGGCCUCAAAGACAAAGGAGCACCCGAUGAUUCGCUUCAGAAAGUGGAUUCCUUGUGGUCAGUGUGUCGGGUGUCACAACACAGUGAACUGUGGGCAGUGUGCCAACUGCAAGCAUGGACUGCAGAGCCCAGAGUCCCGGAGACGCAUAUGCCGGAAGCGUAAAUGUAUAUGUCCCAUUCGUAAGGGUCCUGGAACUGGAGCCUUCCUACAGCAGAGGCCUUAUAAUGACAUUCCUGAAAGCUUUGAUGACACAUGCAUGAGUUUUCAGAGUGAAGUUACAGACUCACAGCACCUGAGUCUCAAAAGCAGUGAUACAGAGAACUUCUCGGUCAACGUGGACGUUGAUGACGAGGAAGAUAUGUCAACUGACGAUGAUGAUGAUUGGCAUAAGAAGCGGAAGCGACGCUCCUGUGGAGAAUGCAAAGCCUGUCUCUGCAGGAAAGACUGCGGCACGUGUGAUUUCUGUAUAGACAAACCCAAGUUUGGAGGCAGCAACAAAAAGAGGCAGAAGUGUCGACUACGGCAGUGUCAGAGACAGGCAAUGAGACACCUACUGCCCUUCCAGAUGGGACAAGGAGACUAUGGACCAGAUGGCCCAGUUCUGCCGGGCAGGCCUAGACCUCAUUACACAUACAGUCGCAAGUCAAGUUUAAAGAAAAACAGAGGACCACAAGUUAGCUUGGACUUUACUGACAAUGAAGAUGAUGACAGUAACUUUCAAGCACUGAGUUGGAGCUCUGAGCCUGCCACUGGUAGCAAAUACAAUGAACUGAGCGUGAGAAACCACCAAUCAUCUAUGCAGUUGAGUUAUUCAAAUUUCGGACAGCGGAAUGGGCUGCCUGACAGAGUCCCUCACAUCAGCAACCAUAACAACUGUCAGCUCGACCACCUAAGCAGAUGGGAUGCAGAGAGAUUGCACACAGGCAGAGGUGGUCAAAAGCAUGUUGAAGAAGAGGAAGAAGAAGAAGAAGAGGAGGAGGAAGAGGAGCUGCCCAUGAUCACACAGAUCUUCAGUUUGGCUGAUAACUCAGCAGGGAGCGGUGCUGAUGUGGAAAACCAGCUAAUGAAACUGCUACACUCUUUGCGCUCCUCUGUACUGCCAAUUCUAUGGUAUGCCAUCAUGGUGGAGGGCCCGCAGCUGCAGCUUAUUCAGUGUUCAAAACAGUCCAGCAUGACCGACACCAUGGUGCUGAUCGACCCGGGUUUCUGCUAUCAGGUCACCGUCCAAAAGCAGCCGCUGCUCCCCACCCACCCACUCUAUGACAGCUACCCAGCACGCUUAACCUCAGUAACCGAGGUGGUCAAUCUGCUUUUGGGCCUGGAAAAAUACGCUGUCUGCCAGGGCCUGCCGCCCAAAGAACCAUUGUUUAAUAAAGACCCAAUCAUACUGGAGCGGGCAUCAACAUGUGAUUUCUUGGUUAAGAAGAAUGUGAACAUCUGUAGUAACUGCAGAGCGCUGCAAGGACUUUAACUUCAGCACAAACAGAAGAAAAUCUCUUGCCACAGUGGAGACCACCAAUUCUCUGGUGCAACUUUGUCAUUAAUUUCUUUUUGUUCCAUAGUUGUUGUUUUUUUUUUAAAUUUUUGUAGUUUUAGUUUGUAAUAUAUAUGUGUGUAUAUAUAUAUAUAUGUAUAUGACAUUCUACAGAUUUGCCUCUGGACAGAAAGAGUAAGAUUUGAUUAUAUGAAGAAUCACCAAAGGCAUUCCAGGAGCUGUGAUGUUAUUAUCCAGGUAUGGUUUUUUUUUCUCAGAUGCUCUCUGUUGUUGGUUGGUGUAGGGCUUUUUUUUUCUCCUUAAAAUGACUGUUAUAUCAGAGUUUGGGGAAGUGUGAUUGUUCAAAAUGAAAUCCAUAUGUGAGGCACACUCUCACUUGAGGCUUAUAUGUUCCUCACCCCCUUGCCAUUAUUAAACUCUUGAGUCGUCACUUAACGGUGUAAUCUUUUCUCCAGAAACACUGGCCAUCGCAGUUUUGUCUUGCUACCCAUAGACUGAACCAUAUUUGAUGCAUUCAGAAAGCAGUUUUUUGGACAAAAUACAUUAUGUCUGCCUCUUGCCCAGAUUUUUCUGGGCAAGAGGCAGACAGCCCACCCACCACCUUGACAAUUAGCAAUGUGAACAGUUAUGCAUUCUUAACAUACAUCAAAUUUAUUUUUGUUAACUUGGUUCACUUGGUUCCCUCAAGUGACUGCAAAUUUUGCAAUGUUUGGGAUCUGUCGGUUGUUCUUUUUAAAACUAUUGUUAUUCAGUCUUUGAAUUAAAACAUGUUUAAAGAAACGAAACAGAUGGUGAAUUUACUGGCUUUGUCUUUUCGAAGGCAGCGUGCAAAUAAACUUUUCUUGCUGACCCCUUUUUCAUUAUAUUUAUCAAAUAUGUGUGAUGGACUUACUACAUCUGAAACGCAUCCUGGGAAAGA